UUUUAUACGCUCUGCACAUUUUUUAUUCCUAUUCAACCAAAAGGCCAUUAAGAAUUCCGCUAAAAAAUGAACUUUUCACAUUCACUUAUUCUUGAAAUUAAGGAGCUGCUGGACUGCGACCUCAAUGACUCUGCGCUGCAGCUGGCCGAGCUCGAGUGCCAGCCACGACUGAAGGACACACAACUCCCAGCCGACGACCGCCUGGCGCUGCUCCGCGCCUACACCCAGUGUCUCGGACAGCUUAAGCACCACCGAGCGUCCCUACGCACAAUAACAGAAUUUGUAUCCGGACCUAUCCGCUCACAACUUAACAGCUCACAACUCGAAGGAAUAGCCAGGGACAUCGCCGGCAUCCGAUGGCAGUUGGGAGAGUUCGACAUGUGUCUGGCACAACUGCGGCAGAUCCCCAAGACACACCGUACAGUGCAGGAUCUCGCGAGGAUGGCCCGCAGCGCCGCACUGAUCCAAAGCCCCGACGCCGAAGACCUAUAUUCUGAGCUGCUGCGUGCGCAGCCGAAUGCCACCGAGGCAUUUACGUUUUUGCAGACGCGGAAUCGGCAGAAUACUUGGGCGGCAGACGGAAGCACAUACCAUGAUUCGGCCAGCCUGGCAACGGCGCGCAGCUUAAUGCAGAAGCUAGAGUACAGGCGGGCGGUUUCGGAGCUACAGAGACUCGGCAGAAGGCACCGUGGAAACGCCCUGAUUGUGGCUCUGCAGGCUACGUGUUACUACAUGUUGGAGGAGCCCAGGCGCGCGCAGGCGCUGUACGAGCGAGCACGAGUUUUAGACAGCGGGUUGAUCUCGGAAAUGGCCAUGUACGCGGACUUGCUCGCCAGUGACAGUUUGGCCGUGUACACACUGGGAAGUCAGCUGCUCAAGACCGACCAGGCAAGGGCCGAAGGGUGGGUUGCCAUGGCACGGUACUUUCUGGCUACAGGGCAGACCCAGGAAGCCUUGGCUAUUGUGUGGAAGGCCCAGGUCCUGGCACCCGGCUGCGCCGAGGCCCACAGCGCUGAAGGCACUAUUCAGCUGGCUGCCGGCAGUCCUGAGGAAGCUGCCGAGGCAUUUCUCAAGGCCCACGAGUUAUCCCGCUCCAUGCUGACCUUUCGAGGCUUGGUUGAUUCCUACGUCAGAUGCGCUAAAUACAAGGAGGCAUUCAUAUAUGCCAAGGAGGCUGCUGAGCUGAUGCCCCGCCACGCAGGCACGCUAGCCAUGGUCGGCAUGGUACUGUCGCACAGCGUGGAGAGCUCCGACAAGGCUGCCCGCUUGCUACAGGCUGCCCUAGAGAUAGACUGUCAUUGCGCCGAGGCUGUAACCGCCCUAGCGUCCCUGCACGUUGCUAACCAACAAUUUGACGCGGCCGUGGCGCUCAUCGAAAAGUACCUGCCUGACAACGAGUCUGAUGAUAUGUACACGCACUACGCAGACGUUCUCACACUGGCCAACGAGCUUCCUAAGGCCGCCGUAAACUAUAACACUGCGCUGAGUAUUAAUCCCGACAACGAGCGCGCUCGCGUGGGGUAUGAGCGUAUCGAUAAGCUGAUGCACCCGGGGAGCGCCGAGUUUGAGGGCGAGGACAUGCCAGAUGAGGUGGAUGAGGCGGAUGAGGACGAUCAAGGUGAGCCAGAGCCUGAGUUGGAGCUGAGACAGCGCGCCUACGACAGUGACGAUAACUACCGCGCUCGACCGCUUGGGUUUGAGUAUGCUCGCCCCGAUACGAGCCAAGACAUGAUGCAAGAAUGAAGCUUUAUUCAUAAUGCGCUUUUAACCUACAUUCAAAAUUUGUAUUGAGAGAGAAGAUAUAUUCAUUGAGUGAUAU